AUGUGCCACCUCAGCUUUUGGGUCAAACUCAUUUUAGGGAAACUAUGGGACUUUGACUCAAUUUGGAAAAGUAGGAAUGCUUGGGUUUUUCAACAGAAAUGGUGGGAUCCCAAGUCGACUUUGGAUAAAGCUCUCGAUAAUUUUUCUGAGUUUUUGGAGGUGUGUAGCCGAGGUCUUUUGUCGCAGGUCUCAUCUUCUCUUGCUCCUGUGCCGGUCCGUUGGUCCAAACCUCAUCAGGGAAAGUUUAAGUUGAAUGUUGAUGCCGCUUUUUGUGAAUCUUUGAAAGUGGCGGGCGGAGGCCUGGUGCUUCGUGAUGAUGUUGGAAGGCCUAUCAAGGUUGUUUCUCUUUUUUUGGAAUUUAUUUCAGAUGUUGAGGUUGCGGAGGCUAUGGUUGUGCGUGAAGGCCUCUACUUACUUUCUCUCUGGGGGUAUCAAGACGUGGAGGUGGAGAGCGAUUGUCUCAAUGUUUCAAACUUUUCUCCCUCGAAUUGCCGUUCGGCCAUUUUGGUUGAGGAUAUCAGAUGUUUGCUGGGAUCCAACUUGGGGUUCUCCUUAGGAUGGGCUCCUCGUUCUUGCAAUAGAAUUGCCCAUUUGUUGAGUAAAUGGGCUUUGUCUACAAAGUGUAAUGAUUUUCUUUGGCCAGUGUGGCUUGUUUGGUUGCUUUCAGCUUUGGAGGCUGACUUGUCCGUUGUGGGGGCUUCUGUUGGAGAAAUUAUUGUAUGGACCGAGUCCAUACACCUCAUUUGCUGA